AUGGAGCCACAAGGGAUUGUCAAAGCCUUUCCCAAGAGGAAGAAGGUGAGGGAUGACUCAGGGAAAAAUGUCCCCCCAAAGAUCCUGAAAGAGGAAGGAACAGAGAUACCUCAGGCAGAGUGGCUGAAACCAGUCACAGCCUACGUGUUGCAAGCUGGCAUCGGCCAAGCCAGGGCAGAGAUCUUCAACAAGCAGAUUGUCCAGAAUGGGGGUGUUGUAUGCAAGCAGCUCUCCUCAGAGGUGACACACGUCAUUAUGGCUGAAGACAUGGACUGUGAUCGGGCCUUUAGGCUCCUUAAAUUAACCAAGUUACCUUCAGGGUUGCAGCUAGUGAAGGCAUCCUGGCUAAGUGCUUGCAUCAGAGACCAGAAGCUGCUGAGUACCACUGGCUAUGGUGUCUUCAUCCCUCGCAGGUACAUGGAGGAGGGAGAACGGCAGAAAGAGCAGCAGCAGCAGGUCCUGGCCAGUGAAGAGAUCCAGCCCCCAGCAGAGGAGGCAGCAGAGAAACCAAAUACUGAAGCGCAGGUGGGAGAUUCCUCGCAGAGAGGCCUGGACAUCCCUGGACAGCAGCAGCUGGUUGAGAAAGACUCCGAUGAUGAAGACAGUGAAGGAGAAGAUGCAAGUGUCACCCAGGGGGAUCUGGAAGCACUGAUUUCUGGCCGCUACCCUGUCAAAUCUUCAGAGGAGACCAGUGACAGCUCUUCCACAGCAGCCCAGCCUGCCAGCAAGUGGGUCUGUGCCCAGUCCUCCAACAGCAAGAAGGAGAAUCAUAACCAAUGCAUCACAGAGAAGCUGGAAGUGCUGGCAAAGGCCUACUCUGUCCAGGGGGACAAGUGGAGAGCUCUGGGCUACUCCAAAGCCAUCAAUGCACUCAAGAGCUAUCACAAGCCAGUCACCUCCUACCAGGAAGCCUGUAAGAUCCCUGGGAUUGGGAAACGGAUGGCAGAGAAGAUCCUGGAAAUCUUGGAGAGUGGGUACCUGCGCAAGCUGGAUCACAUCAGUGAGAGCGUGCCUGUGCUCGAGUUGUUUUCCAACAUCUGGGGAGCAGGAGUCAAGACAGCUCAGACAUGGUACCAGCAGGGUUUCCGGACACUGGAUGAUAUCCGCACCAAGGCGACUCUCACCAGCCAGCAAACCGUGGGGCUGAAGCACUACACGGAUUUCCUGGAGCGCAUGCCUCGCGAGGAAGCUGCAGAAAUAGAACAGACUGUCAGAAAAGCUGCCCUGGCCCUGAAACCUGGGCUUGUAUGUGUGGCAUGUGGCUCCUACCGUCGGGGGAAGCCCACCUGUGGAGACGUGGAUGUGCUGGUCACUCACCCAGAUGGACAGUCUCACCGUGGAGUGUUCAGCAAGCUGCUUGACAGCCUCCGCAGGAGUGGCUUCCUUACGGAUGACCUGGUGACUCAGGAGGACAACGGUGAUCAGAAGAAGUACCUGGGGGUGUGCCGCCUUCCCGGGCCAGCCCGGCGUCACCGCCGGCUUGACAUCAUCGUGGUGCCUUACAGUGAGUUUGCCUGUGCCCUGCUCUACUUCACCGGCUCGGCUCACUUCAACCGCUCCAUGCGGGCCUUGGCCAAAACCAAGGGCAUGAGCCUCUCUGAGCACGCCCUCAGCUCAGCUGUAGUGCGAGGCCCUGGAGGCGUCAAGGUGACAUCUGGCCAUACUCUGCCCACUCCAACAGAAAGGGAUGUCUUCAUUCAGCUGGGGCUGCCUUACCGGGAGCCCUCAGAACGGGACUGGUGACACCCUGCUGUCACCCAGCACCCGAGGCCCACUGACAUGCUGCUGUUUUGGAGGGUGCUGGUUUCCCCAGUGCUGCUCUGUGGUGACUG